CGCAAAAACUCCACUACUACACCUAUAGUGGAAUUGUGGGUCGUCGGCACCAAUUGAAAUGAUAAUACGAACAUCUCACAUGAGAGACUCUCUCCUCAGCUUUUUGCCUUCCAUGCGUAAGCCUUACCACCACAAAACUUUUGGCUUCAUUUUGGAUUCUUGUUUCCUUUAUACGCUAUUAUUCUCUAACUUUGGCACGUUUCUUACCAACUUUCUUAAUUCUUCACCUAUAAAUACCCCUUUGUUUCUUCAUUUUAGAUCAUCCCUUGAUAAGAAGCUAGCUAGCCAAGAAAAUCGAAGCAUUUCUUUUAGCUGUUUCACAAACAAAUUCAGUUUGUUUGGAGCUAGUUGUUAACCCUUUUUUUUGUUUUCAAACAUGACUAGGUUGAAGGCAUUGUCCAUUCUUGUUGUUUUGCUUGUUUCUGCUUUUGCGACCGUGAGUGAGAGCCGGGUUGCGAGGAAGGACUUAGGGUUGGACUUGGGAUUGGGAAAUAUAGUGGGAAGUAUAACUGGAUCAGGAGGUUUGGGUUUAGGGCUAGGCCUUGGUGUAGGAGUCGGGGGCGGUUCAGGUUCGGGUGCCGGAGCUGGAGCGGGUUCAGGCUCUGGCUCUGGCGGGUCUAGUUCUAGCUCGUCUAGUGCGAGUUCGAGUUCAAGUUCAAGUUCUUCUGGUGGCUCUGGCGGAGGAGCUGGUUCAGAAGCUGGCUCCUCCGCUGGUUCCUACGCGGGAUCAAGGGCUGGUUCAGGCUCUGGAGGAGCUGGUUCAGAAGCUGGUUCCGAGGCUGGCUCCUCUGCUGGAUCAAGAGCUGGUUCGGGAUCGGGUGGCCGUGGAGGAGGUGGUUCUGGUGGCGGUUCUGGACACGGUGGCGGUUACGGGGAAGGUUCUGGCAAUGGAGGUGGUUCUGGCCAUGGUGAAGGGGGCGGAUCUGGAUCAGGAUACGGUGAAGGACAUGGAAAAUGAAUUGAAGUAAUUCAUGUCUUGGGAGAUGGAAAUAACUUUUAUCUAUACCCAUUCAUGCAAGACCUUUGAAUAAGUGGAAAAUUCUACGUCCUCUGGUGGUGUUGUUUGAUUUUGUUUGUAGACUUCGUGUAUGAUCGUGUUUUAAUUACUAGGUACUAUGUGUCUGUGUUGUUUUUGUUGUUCAAUGAAAGUGAUCUUAAUUUAAAAAGUUUUUUUUUAUCGUA